UCUAAUUUGGGAAAAGAGUGUCAGCGAGCAGUGGCUAUCUUCGAUGCUUAUCUCAUUCGCCCAGGACGUAACAAUCAAGGAACCAGUAAAGGUGUUCUUCACAGCUCUAACUAUUGCAGCCAUUUUAAGGAUAAAGGCAAAGAGAUCAAAAGUACAUGCCUCUGAAAGCCCUCAGCAAGCUAAGACUGAGUACUCUAAACAAAAGUUUUGGGCACUGCAAUUAUCAGAUGUGGAAAAGAUGAGGAGACAACAAGCUAAGAAACAGAACCUGACACGUUACUUCACAGAAUUGGUUGCAUACCUGGUCUUCGUUUUCUUGCUAAUGGUAGUGUGCUAUGGAAAUAGAAAUGAUCAUCGGUACAUGAUGACAAAAUCAAUCAGAGAUGGACUACCAAGCCUCAGCAGGGUGAAAAACAACACUAUGUACUGGAACUGGUUACAAAGAGUUUACAUCCCAGGAGUGUUUUCCGGAAGAUGGUACAACGGUCAAGAGGAGAAGAAAACGAUGUAUAUUGGUAAUAAACACUCUCUUCUUGUCGGCAUGGCUCGAAUAAGGCAACUCAGAGUGAAAUCGAGUAAGCGUUUCCUUGUUUGUUUGUUUAAUUAUUUAUUUAUUAAUUGUCUUGGAUUUUAGUGCCAAGGCUAUUUA